CAGGAGCAUGCGUAUUGAAAAGCGACAGCGGCUCCUUUACAAAAUGGCUGCCGCUAUGGAUGUGGAUGCACCGAGUGGAACAAACAAUAGUGUCGGAAAGAAGCGUUUCGAGGUCAAGAAGUGGAAUGCUGUAGCACUUUGGGCAUGGGACAUUGUGGUGGAUAAUUGUGCGAUCUGCAGAAACCAUAUCAUGGACUUAUGUAUAGAAUGUCAAGCUAACCAGGCUUCAGCUACAUCAGAAGAAUGCACUGUCGCUUGGGGUGUUUGUAAUCAUGCAUUCCACUUUCAUUGUAUUUCUCGCUGGUUGAAGACUCGGCAGGUCUGCCCACUGGAUAAUCGAGAAUGGGAAUUUCAGAAGUAUGGCCAUUAGCAGUUCUAUUUUGACCAUAUGCAUUGUGAGUGCAAUCUACCCCGUGAAGCAGGACUAACCGUUUCAGCAUGCUUCCUCGAUGGUUUUGCUGUUUUCAGUUUAUAGAUGUUUUGAAUUAUGUUUAUCUGCUACUAUAUGCACUGUCGAAAUAAACAGUUUAUUAAAAUGUU